UGAAAAAUCAAAAUAAAAUAUAUAAACGAGAGCCCUAAAAAUGAAAUUAUUACGGUACUCCAAAACCUCUGCUUUCUGACUCUUCAUCUCUCGAUCGCUCCAAAUCCAUCACCACAGAGGAUCGACGAGGCCAUCGUCUCCGAAUCAUAAAUAUAUACUUCGAAUUUUGCGGUGUAUCUGUGUAAUUGUUUUUUUUUUUUUUUUUUUUUUUUUUUUUGAGUGAUUAUCAUUCUAGGGUGAUAAGAAAUAUGAAGAUGGGGAAUCAUCGGCCGGCGACGAGGAGUAAAAAUAAGAGGAGUCGGGCCGAGGAUAAUGCAGAGGCCAUCACUGAAAUUUACAGGAAGAUUCUUUCAAAUGGAGAGGUGAGUGAAGAUGAUGUAAAUCAGCUUUUUAUGAUAUGGAAACCUUUCUGUCAAGGAUGUCGAGUAAAUACCAAGGACAACCCUAAUUGCUUCUGUGGGUUGGUCCCACCUCCUAAUGGAAGUCGGAAAUCUGGCUUGUGGCAGAAGACUUCGGAAAUUGUAAAUGCCCUUGGUCCUGACCCUUCGGUUGACCUUCGCGCAUCCUCCAGUACACCCGCAGGACUUACAAAUCUUGGUGCAACUUGCUAUGCCAAUAGUAUACUGCAGUGCCUGUACAUGAAUAAAUCAUUCAGAGAAGGCGUUUUCUCUGUUGAACCUGAAGUCUUGGGUGAGCAGCCUGUUUUGAAUAACCUUGCAAGACUUUUUGCACAGCUGCACUCCAGUAAGAUGGCCUUUGUGGAUUCAGCACCAUUUAUCCAGACCUUGGAACUUGACAAUGGUGUUCAGCAGGACAGCCACGAAUUUCUCACCUUACUCUUUUCCUUGCUUGAGCGAUGCUUGAGCCAGUCCAGAGUUGCAAAGGCCAGGACAAUUGUGCAAGACCUUUUCCGCGGAGGUGUGUCACACGUAACUAGGUGCUCAAAAUGUGGAAACGAGUCUGAAGCGUCGUCAAAAAUUGAGGACUUCUAUGAACUGGAGUUAAAUGUUAAAGGUUUAAAGAGUCUGGAUGAGAGUUUGGAUGAUUACCUUAGCAUAGAGGAGCUUCAAGGAGACAAUCAAUAUUAUUGUGAUGCGUGUGCUACAAGAGCUGAUGCUACUCGUAGUAUUAAGUUGCGGUCACUGCCUGCUGUCCUAAAUUUUCAACUCAAACGUUGUGUUUUCCUUCCAAAUACAACCACAAAGAAAAAGAUCACUUCAGUAUUUUGUUUCCCUGGAGAACUAAAUAUGGCACGAAGAUUAUCUGAGUGUUCUCAGUUGGAUUUGAUAUAUGAUUUAGCUGCUGUUUUAAUACACAAGGGCUCUGCGGUGGACAGUGGUCAUUAUACAGCCCAUAUAAAGGAUGAGAACACUGGUGAGUGGUGGGAAUUUGAUGAUGAACAAGUCUCGAAUUUGGGUCAACAGCCAUUUGGGUCCACUGCAUCAUUACCUGCAGCCAAAACUGGGAAAAGUGAGCCAGUAAGCUCAGCAUAUGUAAACGGUGUGGAUGCUAUUGAGAAUGGGAAUCAUCUGAAUUCUACCCAGCUACAAUCUUUAGAUUCAAAUGGGGUUAAUCGUGUACAAACAUUUUCAUCCGGUGACGCAUAUAUGCUAAUGUAUGUUCGUAGGCAAUCAAUCAUAAAUGGUGAAAGAACUAGUGCACAGUCUGGUAAACACAAAAUGGAAACUGAAGGGUCUGUAUUUUUACAAGAAACCAACAGUCCUCUUCCAUCCCAUCUUUUGAAGGAUGUGGAUAUGCUGAAUUCAACAUUUCUUGAUUCUUGUGAACGUUACAAGUCAAAAAAAGAAUUUGAGCUGAGUUGCAUUACGAAGCGCCGACAAGAGGUGCGUUCAAUCCUUUCAGAAGCUCCAGUUCUAUCUCUCGAGAAGCCGUACUUCUGGAUUAGUACUGAGUGGCUUCGUCAGUGGGCAGACAGUGUCACUCCAUUGACUAUUGACAACUCAUCUAUACAGUGCUUGCAUGCCAAGGUACCAGUUUCAAAAACUAACCACAUGAAGCGUUUGUCAGCUGAAGCCUGGACUACAUUAUUUUCUAAGUAUGAUGGGGGGCCAACAUUGGCUAAGAGUGACUAUUGCGCUGAUUGCAUAUUCGAGAUGGGCCGCAAUUUGGUCCGUGCAAAUGUGUAUCGGGAUCAGAAAUCACUGAUGAAAGAACUAGCAGAGGCAGCUCUUUCCGGGAAGCCUUUAGAUGGAGAACUGUAUUACAUAUCAAAAUCGUGGUUGCAGCAGUGGCUACGCCGGAAAAACAUUGACUUGCCAUGUGAUGCUGAUUCUGGACCGACGGCAUCAAUUAGAUGCCCCCAUGGUGAACUUAUGCCUGAACUAGCUUCUGGGGCUAAACGUAUACUGGUGCCUGAGAGCCUUUGGAAUUUUAUACAUCAAACUGCCAUGACGGUGAAGCCUGAUGACUCUGUGGGCCGUUCAACUUUUCGUUCCAACUCUGAACCGUGUUCUUCUUGCAGUGCUGAACUUACAGAAGCUGCAUUCUCAGAAGACAGUUUAAGAGAGUUCAAGUUGAAGCAGAGGCAGCUUCACGAAAAGUUAGCCAUGAAUAAGAACUUGGCUCUUUUUCCGGACACCAGAUACUAUUUAUUGCCCUCAUCUUGGCUCUCAAAGUGGAGAAGCUACAUUAAUGCUAAUGGGAAAAAUGCUUCCUCUGCAGAACUUGAUACUUUGAACGAGGUUGUUGAUAUGCUGCUAUGUGAAAAGCAUUGUCAAUUACUUGAAAGGCCUCCGGAACUCCUCUGGAAGCGUGAACUUAUUUUCCAAAAGUCAGCUGCUACAGAUGAACUAACACUGAUUGCCGAGGAUGAUUGGAGAUCACUCUGUGGAGACUGGGGUGGUUCAGAGUCCAAAUGUGUUUCUGCCAGAAUCGAGGUUGAUAAUGUUGUGGAAGAUGGCCCGACUGGGUCUUGCAAAGAGAUGCCAAUUGCUGAGGAUGAUGUAAAUAUGUCCGAUGAAGUUAAUAUGACCCUGUUACAAAGGCCUAUUGUUAAGACUUCUCCUGAGGUUUGUGAAGAGUGCAUCGGUGAGAGGGAAAGUUCGGAAUUGAUGAAGAAACUUAAUUAUACGAAUGAGGACAUAUGUGUUUGUUUAAUUAGCGGAAAGGAUCCUCCAAAAUCAAUCUUAGAAGCUUCAGGGAGCAGUUUAGAUUCAAAUCGUCGAACUUCCAAGCGGUCAAGGAAGGCAACAUAUGGAAAUUCUGUAAAUUUGAAUGUUUCUGGCUCUACAUCCAUUUACCAGCUGAAGAUGAUGAUAUGGGAAUCCUUUGGGGUGGUUAAGGAGAACCAGAUACUUCACAAAGGUUCCAACAUAAUUGAUGGUGAAACAGCUUGUCUUGCUGAUGUUAAUAUUUUUCCUGGAGAUAUUCUAUGGGUGACCGACUCGAAGAUCCAUGAGAAUCGUGAUAUUGCUGACGAGCUUUCAGACCCAAAUUCUGAUGCACACAAAACGGAAGAAGGUUUCCGGGGUACGCUUCUGACAUCAACAAUGUCAUCUCGUGGCAUCUCUGAAGCAUGUUUAAACUAGUGGAGAUAUGUCUUUGUUCUUCCAUUUCGAUUUCGAUCACCAAAAAUCAUAAAGAAGCUGUUGCCAUCAUUUUGAAGGAGGUGUGCAAGCAAGCAGAUGUUGUGGUCAGUGGUCAUGUACAACUAAAAGUGCAGAGUUUGUUUAAUCAUGUACAAAGGUAUCUAUCACAAGAUUGGCUUUUUGUCUAGGACACGACCACGUAUUAUUAUAUUUUGCAUGAUUGUAGAGUGUGUAUUCUUCGUUUGUUGAUUGUCUUCACUAGUAGUAUUUUUUUUUUUAGUUUUUUUUUUUAAUUCAGGGUCCUCCCUCCCUCGGUUAGUGGGACAAUUUUGUAUCUAUAUUAUAAUGAAGAUAACCAAUGAGAUGACUUAUGAUUGUAGUAUGUUCGAA